AUGGCACCAAGACCUCCUCCUCCACCUCAACCCACCGAGCGUGAUGCCCCUGACAACACCAAGUUAUUGGAAUCGGUAAUAGAGAGGUUACAGCAUCAGAACACUACUUUAAUGGAGCAGAACGCGGCUGCUUUACAUAGUCUGGAGGCUGCUCGCACAAACUCUGAAGCGACUCAGAGGCAAUUGAUGGAGAUCAUUGCCGCCACCAGAAAUACAUCAGGAGCGUCCACUUCUUCUACUAAUCAUCCGACAGAGUGGAGUUUGGAGAACCUUCUACAGCAUUAUCCAGCCAAAUUUAGUGGGAAAUGCCUUCCUGAUGAGGCAGACCAAUGGCUGAGGGAUAUGGAGCGAAUCUAUAACGCUAAGAGGUGUCCGGAUGACAACCGAUUGGCAUUCACGGAAUACUUGCUGACCGGAGAGGCUAGCCACUGGUGGGAGAGUAUGAAAAUGAUAUUAACGGACGUCCAAAAUCCCAUCACUUGGGAAGUAUUCAGGAGCAAGUUUUAUGAGGAGUAUUUCCCAGAUAGUGUGUGUUUCGCUAAGGAAGUGGAAUUUCUUCAACUAGUGCAAGGUGGAAUGUCCGUCUCUGAAUACACAAAUAAGUUCAAGCAUCUCGUUCAUUUCAAUACGAUGGCUACCAGUGGAGAAUGGCAGUGCAGGAAGUUUGAGAAUGGGCUGAGGAGUGAUCUAAAAUUGUUGAUAUCCAGCCUAUGUAUUCGAUCGUUUCCUGCCAUGGUUGAAAGAGCGAAGGUGUUGGAGAGGAACGUAGCUGAGGCAGCACAACAGAAGAAACAACAAGUGGCUAGAGGACCGAUCUUGUCUAGGAACAAUGUGAAUCUGAGAAGAAUGUCGUACACUCGACCAGCUCAGACAUCAAAUCCAAGUGGGUCUCGGGCAGUGACUACUGUCGGACAGUCUGGGCAACAAGGAAACGUCACUUGUUUUCAGUGUGGGGGACCACACUAUCGUUCGUCAUGCCCUCAACUGGUGGGAGGAAAGUUUUGCACUCGAUGUAGAAGAAACAGACAUCUGGAGAACGAGUGCAACAUGGGAGGACGAGCGGUGAUGAGACCACCGAACGCUGGAAGGAUUCAACAGAGAGGUGGAGGUAGAGCUCAAGCGGUUGGAUGUUGGCGUGCUUCAGAGAAUGUGAGUGCGUUUUAA